GAAGACAGAAAAAAGCGUCAGAGUGAGAGCUCUCUGCGCCGCCACGCUCUCUGCGGUGUAAUCGGAUCAGGGCAGAGCAGAGGGACGUCCAGCAGGCUUGUUUGGCUCCAAAUGAGCCAAUGAGACCGGCUGUACAUUAGACUGACAGUCCGAUUCAGCGAGCCCGGAGACGCCAUCCUGGUUUGACGACCGCCCGACAGCCAAUGCGGAUCUACGAGUGACAGGAACGGAGGGAAAAAACAAAAUACGAACUUGCCUUCCUGUAGGUCAAAAGUUACCUGCUACCUGCGGAACGGUAGAGUCGGUUGAGGAAAAGAUGGUUGUGGGAUCACAACAAUGGCCCUCUCGCAGCUCCUGGAUGAUUCACCUCUGAGGCCGGGCCCAAAACACACCGAGGCCGACGACCUGUACAACGAGAGACACCGGCUGGCUCUGGAGGAGCUGCUGUCCGGGGGCCUCGACAACUUUCUGGACUUUCUCAUGAAAGAGAGGAUCCCCAGCUUUCUGUCGGACGACGAGAUCCAGCGCAUCAGGAGCGCCGCCGUGCCCCCGCGGUGUGCGUCCCUUCAUGGGGAGGACCAUGCCGUGGAGCAGUCGCUCAGCAGCUCUCUGGACUGCUCCUCAGUCACCUAUUUCCCCGAGGUGUCGGAUGUGGAGCCGCCGCUUCUGGAGAUGGGCUGGCCCGCCUUCACCGCCGGCUCGUACCGGGGAGUCACACGGGCCGUGGCGCACUUCCAGCCCAGCUACGGGGAGUGCAUAUACAGCUGCAAAGAGGCUGCGAGACGCAUGAUUAAAAGUGCCAAAGAGGUGAUUGCCAUAGUUACAGACUCCCUGACAGACCUGGAUAUCUUUAAGGAUCUUCAGGAGGCAUGCACCCUCCGCAGAGUCCCUGUCUACAUCCUGCUGGACCAAUCAUCUGCUCCUGCUUUCCUCAAGAUGUGCAGAAAUGUCGGCGUUCGCCUGGAUGACCUUCGGCAAAUGAGAGUGCGAAUCAUAACUGGUACAACUUAUUACAUGAGAUCCGGAGCGAGGAUUACAGGGAAAGUUCAUGAGAGGUUCAUGCUGAUUGAUGGAAACAGAGUGGCUACAGGUUCUUACAGGUUCAACUGGACUGACGGCAAAUUAAACAGCAGCAACCUGAUCGAGCUGUCCGGUCAGAUAACAGAGAAAUUCGAUGAAGAAUUCCGCAUCCUCUACGCUCAGUCUCUACCUGUAAACACUCGAGGACCUCCGAGUGCCCGAAACAGUGGCAUCUACGAGCCUCCCCUCCUCAAACACUCGGUCAACUCCUCUGCUCACCUUGCCAGAGAGAAGCUGGCAGAGCCAGUGUGUCUGACCAGCACCCCCACCCGGAAGGCCCGAUCAUUAGCUGUCCAUCCACCGUGUGAACCCUUGAGUCCAGACUGCCGUGAAACUGACCCAGUCUCCGACUCCUCCACCAUAGAUGAAGACUGGACGGAGCAGCAGCACAUGCAGGAGGAGAUCCUGGCAGGUAGCACUGGUUGCUGUCUUCCUGCAGACCAGCUAUCAGAGAAAGGGUUUGUGACCCCAAGCGCCGUCUCCUGCCACGUCUCCACUCAGACCAGCCAGUCAGUGAUGGACAGUGAAACCCAGACUGACCCUCAGCUCACACAGUGUCCCGACCUCGUCACACCAACAAUCACGUGUUCCAACAUGGCAUCCUCUCACUCCUUUGUGACUCCCGGGCCGAUCUCUCCCACCCAGGCAGCUUCAGACAGCACCUUAAAGGACUGCUUCAACAAUCUGAGCAAGGAGCGCCAGUACCACUACUCCGCCAUCCGCUCCAAGCUGGAGCACAUGGUGAACGCCCUGUCCCAGAGGCGAGAGCUAGUGGACAUCACCAACAUGACUCAGGGGCCUGGCGCUCACAGCAGGCAGAGGGUACACAAGGACUGUGGGCAGGAACCAAACCCCAGACUGCUUGUUGAAAGUGUGGGCAUGGGCACAUGGCCAAGAGCCAGAUGUGUACACUAGUUUAGCUUCAGGGAUUUUGGUGAAAGGGGGUAGAGCUGUGGCAAGGUUUCUUGUGGAUCCUCUGUUUCAAAUAAAUAGUUUUGGGUUACGCAGUAGAAUUCCAGCUUCCUUCUGUUUGUCUUCUUUUCUGCAGUGCCUUCUUUUGUCCUGCUUUUCAUGACGUGCCCUGUCCAUGUUUUUUUUUUUUGGUGUAAUGGUAACGCAGAUUUGUGAAUGAUAUUAACAGAAAUUGUUUUAACCAAAGACACGGUGCAAUAAUCAUUUUUUGACCAUGUCAGUUUAAUGAAUAUCAUUUGCUGAGGUGGUUAAGACUGGAUAAUAUCUGCUGUAGCAUGAGUGGAACUGCAUUGAACUGCUGUUUGGGUUAUUUAGUACAUUUGGUUACUGUAACUGUAAUCGGAGAUCAGCACGCUCUCACUGUCCUUUGCUAAUAAACAAAAUGUAUUUUGUUAGAUGAA